UAAACUAGAACUAGCUCAAAGAAGCAUCCUAGUCUUUUGUUCAGCUUGAUCUCACUUACUUCUUCACAGAUCCCUCACCAAGAACCAGCUAUGGCGGCCCGAUCAACAGGUACUCACUUGCAAAGCGUGGUACAAAGGUUAAGGACUUACACUACGGCGACUACACCAAAAUCCAAAGCGUAUUCUCCAGCGGCUGAGUUUGGUGGUCAAAAACCAGCAGCAACCACGUCAAAUGCUACAAAAGGUGAUUUCACACCUGUCUACGUCUCCAUAGGGAUGAUUUCACUGUCGGUCUCCUUCGGUCUCUACACAGCGUAUCUUCACCUCCACGAGAAUCCAAGCGUGCGUGUCAACAAGAAGACAAGAGAGACUGUUCCGGAAGUUGAGGAUCCGGAUAGAGUAAUGAAUGAAGCGGAUAGGUUUGCUAAUAGGUCCUGGUUUAGGAAGCUUGCUCACGUUCAGGAGUUUGACAAACAUGACGUCAUUCCUGACCCAAUUAGGAAAGAUCAGUUCGCUCAUAAGCCUCGUGCUGUGACGCUUAAGGACGUUGGCGUUGAUCCGAAGACGACAGCUGCUGCUGCUCACUGAAGUUUGAAUGGUUAUUUAAACAAGUCUUGAAUAAAAACGAUCUAAUGUAAUAAUGUAUCGAGAGUUUUUUGAAGGAGUCUAUUGAUUGUUUGAUUACAUCCUGUUUCGCAUGGAUGUAAUCAAACAACUCGAGUGUACGUUUUUUCUGCUGUGUAACAGUCUGUAUAUAUACCUAAUAAAAC